GAAGGAGAUGGGGCGUGCCCUGGAGGAAGCACAGUCUGUUUUGGAAGAAGGUGGGGACGCCUCGGGGAUGGGACCUGCGCCCCUACCCGCGGAUGCCUGCUGGCCUCGGUUCCUGCGCUUCGUCCCACCCAGGCCUGGAGGCCCCGGGGCGCUGGAGAACUAGGGAGCAGGGCUAGAAGUGCGGGGUGCGGCGGGGUGUAAGCCCGAGGAGGGGAUGGCCCGGGAAGGAGCUGGGCCGGACGGAGGGGAAUUUCACCGGGAGCGCUGGCUGCCGCGUGCUGCCCCCUGGAGGCUGCGCGGGGGACAAGGCGGCCCGAGGCUCCAGAGGGCGCCCCGCAGCCUCCCGGGGUGGGGUGGGGGGUCUGAGGGCGCCGGCUGGGCGCGCUGCUCUCCGCAGGGCGGCCCGCCCGCUCUCCCACCUCCGGCUGCUUGUCGGAGCCGCGCGCUCGCCGCGGGAACACUCUCCACCCACCGAACCCCUCCUCGUCCUCCCAGGCCUCCCCGCGCAGCCCCCCCCCCGUCCCCCCGGGCCGUCCAGCCCUGCCCCGGCAGAGCGCAGCUCCGUCCUCCGGCUUCCCCCGCGCCCUCGGGGCCGCGGCCUCUCCUCUCCGCCCCGGGGCCUGUAGAGGGACCGGGGACGUCUCCUGGAGCGGCGGACACCCGCACACGCACCCAGCGGAGAUGCGCGCACAUGAACACACACACACAGCGGAGAUGCACACGCAGAUACACACAUGCAGACACCCGCGGCCCCCCAAGGUUGCUACUGGGAUGGACGGGACCGCCGGCCGGCACGCGGCGCAGGAGCCUGGCCCUGGCCCGGGGCGCCCCCUGGUGGCCGGGGAGUGCCCGCAGGUGCGUACCGCGGCUCUGCGCGCCCCCACAGCUGACCUCAGGCGGGGCGGCCUCCCCAGAACUCCAGGCCGGGGGUCCCUGGCCCUGCUCCCCCCGCCCCACCCCCGCCAGCUUCCUCGCGGCCUGGGAGGACCGGUGGGGAGUCUGUGAAGAGCAUGCGCCUCCCCCAGGACCACCCGGGGGCGAAGGGAGGGAGCCGUCCCCGGAGCCCUCGUCCUCUGGCAGAUCCGAACCCACCCCCGAGCAAGCGGACCUUUCCUUCCCGGAUCACCGCCCCCACGCCAGAGAGCCCGCGCACACCGUGGACACACACGCACGUGCCGAGGGCACACACUCAGCCCACCACACACCUGCAGACACGCCACUCACAUGUGUGCACAACACGCGCACUCACCUACACGGGCAUUGUGCGCACACGCAGACACUGUCUGUGUGGUUCACCCUUUGCUCACUCCACCGGGUUCAGGACCAGGUUUGCCGGUGCCGGUCCCCAUCAUCCAAGACUGAGGGCCAUGGACCUUCAGGCCUUUCCUCCCAAAUCCCACUUGCUGCUCAGGUCAGCUGCAGGGCAGAGGUCUAUUCCUCUGCUUCCCAGAAUCCCAAGGUGAUCCCCACCUUCUGAGCCAGGCCCCUCCCUGGCCAAGCCCUGGGGUAGCAAAGGUGGGAUAAGCUAGCACCGCUGUAAGGGGAGGGUUGAUAAAGGGCUGGUGUGACCUCUCCAGAACCCAGUGUGAGUGGCUGUGAUGGAGGACUUUUAGGUCCAAUGACAGGCUGGGGGUGAUUCUCAGCAGGCUCUCCCAACCCUACUUCCUGAGUAAUUCAAUUCUCCCUUCCUCAUUUGAAAGCCAUCUUUGGGCAGCCCAGGUGGCUCAGCAAUUUAGCGCCACCUUCAGCCCAGGGCAUGAUCCUGGAGACCUGGGAUGAGUACCAUGUCAGGCUCCCUGCAUGGAGCCUGCUUCUCCCUCUGCCUCUCUCUAUAUAUCUCUAAUAAAUAAAUUAAAUCUUU